AUGGCUCAAUUCUACAACCAGAUUGACGAUGAAUACGGUACCGAGGCAAAACAUUCGCUAAAAAUAUACGCCAACCUAAACCGAAAAAUGGGAAACAUGACGGCUAGAAAGGAUUUUCUAGUCAAGUGUCGCAGAACGGGUUUGUUUCCCCCACACAUCACAGAUGUAUUCCGAUGUGUCUACACGCUGUUUGAAGACAACAGCCCCUACCUGAAUGAGCUCAACAGGAAGGUGAAUCGGUUUAAGAAAGCAAUAUUGAGUUUAGAAAUAAGGCAGACGUUUUAUAAACUGAAGCAGAUUACAGACAACAUGAAACAUACACGCAGUAACAUAAAAAGGUUGAUCCCAGACGGUGGAAGCGAUCCCUUUUUCGCCAAUCAAACCGCUUUCCAGCAAAAGCACCUACAAAAACGCGCGGCAAACACUGACCGUAAAUAUCGAAAAAUCAUAGAUAGAUCGAUAAAAUCCCUCGAACAGAAAACGCCAUCACAUAACCACCGGGCGUUUUUCAACAGCACCACGGUAGAAGUACCACAACCUGUGCAACUCCUACUGAGUCUGGGAUCCAAGUUCGCUUUACCAUCUACAAAUAACAAACCAUCCACAUUCUACCACCUAAUAGCAGACAUCGAAGGCAUUAUUGAAACAACAGAAGACGAAGAAGUAAAAGUACGCAAUCGCAGUGCAGCAGCCAACCAAAUUAUGAACCACAUCCACGCGCAUAGAAACAUUACAGGAUGUAACCCGUCGGACAACUUCUACAAAACCGCAAUAAUCGCCACAAGACAGUUCUUAAAAUCAUAUCCGAAUAUCAUCGUACUGGAAGCCGAUAAAGGUAACAUUACGGUGAUGAUGAAUCGCGAGGAUUAUGACAGAAAGAUGCUGGCGCUAAUCGAGGACGAAAACACCUAUUCGAGCCUCACACGCGACCCAACAACCGGCUUUCAAACCAAAAACAAUGAGUUUGCUAAACGAUUAGCAGAUUUAAAACUAAUAAACCGAGCCACAGAAUUGAAAUUAAAAACGUAUAAAGCUACGGCGCCUUGCAUUUACGGGACACCCAAGGCACACAAGGAAGGUUUACCUCUAAGACCAGUAGUACCGUGUAUGACGUCACCAUCUUACGAGCUGUCUAAACAUGUGGGCCGGAUACUCCAAGCGUCGAUCAACAGCAAAUACAACGUCAAAGAUUCAUUUGAGUUCUGCGAAUUUAUCAAUGACGUCGUUUUGCCUCCAGAUCACAUCCUUGUUUCGUUCGAUGUUGUUUCCCUGUUCACAUGCAUCCCCAGGGACCUCGUUUUAAGCAACAUCAUCAACAAUUGGGAUGCCAUAAAGAAGAAUACUAACAUCAAUUUAGAUAUGUUUCUCGAAAUUGUAAACUUUUGCAUGACCUGCAGUUAUUUUAGGUACAAAAACAAAUUCUACAAGCAAAUAUACGGAACGGCGAUGGGCAAUCCAGUUUCUAGUCCGAUAGCUGAUUUUGUCAUGGAAUCGCUCUUGGACAAUGUGACACGGACACUCGAUUUCCAGAUACCAGUUCUAAGAAAAUAUGUCGACGACCUACUGCUAGUUUUGCCCCGCGAACAUGUUGAAAAGACCCUGAUCAACAGAUUGAUUCGAAAAGCGAACGAAACCGACACCCCCCAAAACACACAAGAUACACCCACACAACACUACCGAUCCAUAUUACACAUCGACGGCCUAACUGCAAAAGUAAUCCGCGCACUUAAGACGGAUUACCCGCAUGUACGCAUCGGCACCACACAAAAGCACACGAUACGCAGCCUACUGCCUGUGGUCAAAGAUCCGAUAUCGCCGAUCGAUCGCUCCAAUGUGGUCUACCAUAUCCCAUGCGCAGGCGCUCCCGAACGAGAUGAAGAAUGCUCCAAAUGCUAUGUUGGGCAGACCAGCUAUAAACUACGGACUAGAAUGUCGAAACAUAAAUGUGAUGUCACCAAAUUGAAACGCAUAUUAGCAACAGGGGCCACAGCGUCAAACCCCAGCAUCCGGGAACUGCGGCAGUCAGCUGUUGUUGAACAUUGUUUCGAACAGGAGCACAUGUUUGACUUCGAUAAAGCCACCGUCCUAGACAGUUCCAACAAACACCAGCGACACAGACGGGAGAGCAAUCUCGUGCGGCGGAGUGUUUCACUCUCUCGCAAACACUCGCAAGCACUCAUGGACGCCGGGUUCUGGCGGUAA